AUGGAUCCAAGAAGUUGGGGACGGUUUUCUGGGUCCACGCAGCUCAGGCUGAGCGUCCGGAGCACUCGGACCCCUGUACGGACAACUGCUACGCUAAGCCUUGAGCCCGCAGGCCGCAGCCUCUGCGACCAGCCGCUGCGCAUCGCAGUGCGCGGCCUGGCCCCCGAGCAGCCCGUCACGACGCGCGCGUCCCUGCGCGACAAGAAGGGCGCGCUCUUCCGGGCCCACGCGCGCUACUGCGCCGACGCCGCCGGCCCGCUGGACCUGGACCCCGCGACCGCUCUGGGCGGCAGCUUCGCAGGUCUCGAGCCUGUGGGGCUGCUCUGGGCCAUGCAGCCUGACAGGCCUUUUUGGGGCCUGAUCAAGCGGGACGUGCAGAUACCCUUUGUCGUGGAGCUGGAGGUGCUGGACGGACAUGAGCCCGAGCCCGACCUUGGGAAGCUGCAGGCCCGCUCGGUGCACGAGAGCCACUUCCUGGCGCCCGGGGUGCAGCGCGUGCCUGUGCGGGAGGGCCGGGUGCGGGCCACGCUCUUCCUGCCGCCAGGACCUGGGCCCUUUCCUGGGAUAGUGAACCUUUUUGGAGUUGGAGGAGGCCUUCUAGAGUAUCGAGCUAGUCUUCUGGCUGGGAAGGGUUUUGUUGUGAUGGCUCUGGCUUAUUAUAACUAUGAUGACCUCCCCGAGGACAUAGAUAUCAUCCACCUGGAGUACUUUGAAGAAGCUGUGAACUACCUCCUCAGUCACCCUCAGAUAAAGGGUUCAGGAAUUGGGCUGCUUGGGACUUCCAAAGCGGGUGAACUCUGCAUCUCCAUGGCCUCUUUCCUGAAAGGCAUCACUGGUGCUGUAAUCAUCAAUGGCUCCAUCGCCAGUGGGGGAACCUUACUGUAUAAGGAUGAGACCUUGCCCCCUGUGGGCAGCCAGAAAAAACAAAUCAAGGUGACCAAAGAUGGCAUGAAAGACAUUGUGGAUGUCCUGAACAACCCUUUGGAAGGACCUGACCAGAAGAGCCUCAUUCCUGUGGAAAGGUCUGACACCACCUUCCUGUUCCUUGUAGGUCAGGAUGAUCACAACUGGAAGAGUGAGUUCUAUGAUGAGGGCUCUAAGGACUUAAAGGCCCCUGGGAAGAAAAAGCCCCAGAUCAUCUGUUACCCAGAAACUGGGUACUGCCUGGUGCCCCCUUACUUCCCCUUGUGCUGAGUGUCUCUGCAUUCCUUGGUGGGUGGUCCUGGCAUCUGGGGAGGGGAGCCCAGAGCUCAUGCCAUGGCCCAGGUGGACGCAUGGAAGCGACUCCAGACCAACUUCCACAAACACUUGGGUGUUAAAGAGGGAACCAUCCCAGCAAAACUGUAAUUUUUGUGUGAUAGUGUAUGUAACAUCUGUGAUGCUGAUCUCUCCUGGAAAUAGCUGCUACAAUUACUGUGUGUAUAUGUAUUUUUCUUUUUAACAACUGUUUAGAGACUUUUCCUCAAAGAUUUUUAUCUACUCCUGUGGGGAAUAAUUCUGCAUAAAUUAUAAGCAGUGGAAAAGCUUAUUUAUUACUAUCAUAUGUCAUCCAACUGACAGGCUUUCACUCUGAAAAAAAAGAAAAGAAAAGUGAGUACCACUCAUUAACUCUACCUGCUACACAACUGGAGUUUAGUUAUUUGCUAAAUGACUGCUGGUUAAUAAAUAAAUUAUUGACUGAUGUGUAAGAAAAGCAUAAACAGUGGCCCUUCGUGUCUGUGGGCUCCACAUUGUACAUUCA